AAUGAGCUUUACAAAUCUGCUACCAACAUGACCAAGCAUGGCAGCAGAAGAGGGAGGAUGCUUGCUUGUAGUUAUUGUGGAUACAAAUCCAGUGUGGUGGGGAGAAAAUUGUAUGCAAACCGAAUCAGGAGUGGACGAGAAUCAACUUCAUAAAUGCCUCGACAGCAUCAUGGUUUUCUGCAACUCGCAUCUAAUGUUGAACAGUGAAAACAAGCUCGCUGUGUUAGCCUCCCAUACAGAUCAGAGCAAGUUCCUCUACCCGAAGGCAGAGAGCGCCACCGCUGCAGCACCGCCGAGUGUCGAGCCGAGGGAGGAUGUCAUUUCCAUGGCGACGGGCGAGGAGAGCAACGACUCCAUGUUUAGUCGGACGAACGGACCGGGGUCGUGCGGCGAGGGCAAGCAGACGUCAUCGGACGGCAGGCACGAGCUGCUUGCACAGCUAGAUGACAGUCUCAUCGACCAGCUCAAGGAGAUGAUACUUAACGAUUCAUCUCAAGAUAACAUACUCCGUGCAGAAACGAUGCUCGCUGGUGCUUUAGCACUUGCACUGUGCUACAUACAUAGGAUGAUGAAGGAGCAUACAAAACAAGGCUUGAAGUCACGUAUUUUGGUGAUCAAAGCUGGGGAGGAUAGUGCAUCUCAAUACCUACCCUUCAUGAAUGCUGUUUUCACUGCACAAAAACUGAACGUUCCAAUUGAUGCUUGCCUUUUGGGGAAGGAUUCCGGGCUGCUGCAGCAAGGAAGUGACAUCACUGGAGGAAUUUAUCUCCAAAUUCCCAAUCCAAUGGGCCUAUUACAAUAUUUACUGUGGGUAUUUUUGCCAGAUGCUGAUACUAGAGAAAAAUUAGUGCUGCCACCUAGGGUGCAAGUGGACUACCGUGCAGCAUGCUUCUGUCAUCGUAACCUGAUUGAUAUAGGAUACGUGUGUUCAGUUUGUCUAUCAAUUUUCUGCCACUUCAGUCCCAUCUGCUCAACUUGCCAGACAACUUUCAAGAUCAUGGGCCGGCCAGGAAAGGCAAAGAAACGAAAACUAUUACCAAAGUGACUUGCAAGUAGUCUCGCAAUAUUAUAUUCUUGUACAUAUGUAUAUUUGAUCGUGAAUAAAUUAAUUUCGUAAUCUGUUUCUAAUC